GAGCAGUCGGAAUAUCCGCUCAAUGGCUGGUGGGCAGGAAAAAUGGUAUUUCACCAAAGAACAAUUACUGAGUUCUCCAAGCAGAAAAUGCGGUUUAGAUGCAGAUAAAGAAUUGGCAUAUCGGCAGCAGGCCGCGAAUUUAAUACAGGACAUGGGCCAGAGGCUUCAAGUCUCUCAACUAUGUAUCAACACGGCGAUCGUAUACAUGCAUCGCUUCUAUGCGUUCCAUUCCUUCACACAGUUCCACAGGAACGCAAUAGCUGCAGCCGCAUUGUUUCUCGCCGCAAAGGUGGAGGAGCAGCCAAGAAAAUUAGAAUAUGUUAUAAAAGUGGCACAUGUUUGCCUCCACCGAGGUGAAAGCCUCACUGCCCUGACGCCUGAACAAUAUCAAGAACAGGCGCAGGACCUGGUAUUCAACGAGAAUGUACUUCUACAGACCUUAGGUUUCGAUGUGGCCAUCGACCACCCGCACACGCACGUUGUACGGACGUGUCACCUUGUGAAAGCGCCUAAGGAUCUUGCCCAGACAUCUUACUUUAUGGCGUCAAACAGUCUGCAUUUGACGACAAUGUGCCUACAGUACAGACCAACGGUCGUCGCAUGUUUUUGUAUACAUUUAGCCUCAAAAUGGAGUAACUGGGCGAUACCACAGUCAAACGAGGGUCGUCAUUGGUUCUCCUACGUUGACCGGUCAGUGACCACGGACCUCUUGGAGAAACUGACCGCUGAGUUCCUACUUAUCUUCGAGAAAUGUCCUUCAAGACUUAAAAGGAAGAUGAUGAAUGUUAAAGCUGCAGACGGAAGUUCGCCUCACUCGUUGCCAAACGCGUCCGGCUCGGGCGUAGCGAACUCACCGUUUGACAAGAAGCAUCCGUCCAGCGCAGAUGAUAUUGACAAAUCCUUUGACAAAGAAUAUGAAAGAGAAAGAAGACGUCAACCGGUCCCCGGUGGCUACGUACCUGCAACGACAGCAGCGCCACCACAGCCACAACCACAGAGAAUAGACUAUAACCUGUACAGGGAGAAAAGGGAGAGGGAAGAACGGGAAAGGCGGGAGGAGAGAGAGAGAAGGCAACAAGCCUUGCAACAACAGCAACAACAGGCCAGGCCUGGAGCCCCACAGCCCAGGCCAAAUGCUCAACAACCCCCUCCCCACCACCGACCGUCCAGCCAACACCACCACAAACAACAUCAUCCCUGGCCUCCCCACAAACCCCACCAUCAGAAACCCCCCCACGACCACAGACACCAUCGGCCUCCUAUACCGGGGCCUUCUACUUCGACAGUGACUGCCACAGCCACAACGGCGUCCUCACACCCUCCCCCCUCACAACCAGAAGUGGUUCCUCAAAGAACGCGUCCCCCUUCAUUAUUCUCGCCUGAGAAUGCGACCACACCCACCGCGGCUGCCGCGGCCGCCCCGCGCCGGCCCCAGCCACAACCACAACCCCAGGCACCCCCCGCACAUCGACCCAAACCCGAAGUGCGGCCCACGCAACCCCCCGCACCCCCUGUUUCCCAACCCCCCAUACAAACACAAGAACAGAGGCCGCCCUCUCCACAUAGGAAGAGGCCAGACCCCACCACAGCCAUCAGAGAAAUGCAACCCCCCCCGGCCCCCGCGCCACCACCACCCGUAGUCAUAGAACCUCCCCCUCAACCCGCAGAAGAACUCCCGGAACACAGACAUAAGAAAGAGAAAAAGAAAAAGGACAAACACAAACACAAGGACCGUGACAAAUCUAAGGAGGAGAGAAAGAAACAUAAAAAGGAUAAGGAGAAGCGGAAAGAGAGUCCCCCGCCCCCGCCGGCGGAGACGCAGCAGGACGGAGCGCUGAGGAUAACUAUACCCAAGGAGAAGUUGUCGACGAGCCCGGGACUUAAGAUCAAGAUCCCGAAGGAGCGGCUGGCGGCGCCGCCCCCGCCGCCGGCGCAGUCGUCGAGCCUCAAGAUCAAGAUCUCGCGCGACGUGCUGGACGCGUCCCGCAAGCGCGGACCCCCGCCGGCCGCCGGGCCUCCGGCCGGGCCCCCGCACAAGAUGGCACGCCACAACGGAGCGCCGCACAAGGUCGUCGAGCCGGCGUUGGGCAACGGUCACGUGGGCAAGUGACGUCACAGUACAGAGCCAAGCCCACGGUAGCUUCGUGUGUCGACGUUUCUCAAGCAUCAACUAUCGGACCUCAAUAGUGUAGUGUAACUACGGUUAACGUUUUUAUUUUUCACUGUUUAACUUUUUUUUUCUACUCUUCUUGUUUCUAGACGCACGGUUUUGGCUCUGCUUGUGAUUCUUUUUUUUAAAUUCAAAUCACGGGCGCCUCGUCACACGUCACAGCUGUGUUUGAAGCCAGUAUGUAGUUUUGUUUAUCGGGAUAACGUUGUAAAUAAAACCUGCGCGGUUGUGUCGUAGUUUUGUAAUAGACUGAUUUUUUAGAGCCAAAACCGUGAUGUUCGUGGCGGGAUUUAGGUGCGGGGUUGCUAGCUACACUAAUAAAACGGCUUUUGACGCCGUUCCCACCAUAUUGGGAUUUAAUGGGCUUGAUAUUAAACGUGUAUGAGUGUCAGUUUAGCGGAUACAAUCACCUAAACAAUGUAAAAUAGAAUAAUCAUACCUUUUAAGUGAUGACAUUGACUUCUAAUUUACGCUGGAGAGGUAUAGUCCACUUUUCUAGUUCAAGUGCUAUUUAACACUUCACACGCCUAAUCUGACACUAAUAUACCUCCCUUUUCGACGUAAAAUCGGCAGCCAAUCGAAAAUUGCCGAACUAAAAAAAUCGGAAACAAAACUGACAAAAAAACGCAAUUUUCCGGUUGGCUGUCGAUACUGACUGUUGUUUGUAAAAUGGUGAGAUUUUUUUUGAAAUAAUUUAUAUGUAAGUGUAUAUUUUGUAGGUAAUUAGGGCCUGCCUAGACUCUUAUAGUAUUUUUUUUCCUAUUUCUGGCUGGCCCAUACUUAUCGUGCGAUGCGGGCUCAGUGACAUCGGCAAACUUCGUGGAACCCGAUCUUACCCGAAUCGAAAAUAUGACAUCUUUAAAUGCAGGUGUCACUAAGAUCCACAUUGUUGCAGUGUCGAUAAAUUUAUUAUACUAUAUAUAUCGAUACUCUACGAUAGAAUGCUUACUUUAUGUAUAUGACGAUUCUUAUGAAUAAUUCUGAUUAGGUGUUAAAAAAAUUAAUUAAAAAAGAAAAAUACAAAACAAAAACAUGAUGACGUAGCGACGUGUGAUUGGGAGAAUGAAUUGAGAAAUAAAUAAUAAUUUAAAAGCAAAAGCGAUGUAUAGGAUAUCAGAAAGUUUAGCUUAAGACUUUGUUAGGUAGACAAUUGUGAAAUUUUAAUUAAUUUAGUAUCAUUUUAGGGUUGUUGCACACCGGCGAUAAAGGCCGCGACUUUUUCGUGCGACUCGUCCUUCUAAUACUGUAAAUUCAACGAAUAGUCCGUAAGUUUGUGUUGUUUCGCAUUUAGUGUAAAAUUGAGCAAGUGUAAGAAUAUUUUGUACAAGUAAUUAUAAAAAUAAAUAUCAUAGUUAUAAUUGGUUCCCUUUUAAUUGUAAUUUUAAGAUGUUAUUAUAACGGAGCUUAAUGAUUAAUUAGGAAAGUAGUUGGGUUUUAUUUCAAAUUUUUUCGUCUUUAUUUUUAUCACUUGAAGCCUUUGAGCUUCAUACUUUGGGCUGAUAUUUAAGACCGAUAAACGAAUAAUAUUUAAAGUGUGUUUUUGUUAGAGAACGUAGCGUUUUAUAUAUACUGUAUUGCAAUUGUACUAACAUAUAACCAAAACUUACAAUCGCGCGACAAAUCGCCGAAAAAGUCGCCCGACACGUCAACAGCCCGAUUUUUUUAUUUUUUAGUAUCUAGCGAUUUGUUAUAGAGAAGUAAUUGUUAUUAUUUUCCCGUAAGGCUAGGUCGCUGUAAGUGUAAAUAGUAAAUAAAACGUAUUAUUUUGAUGUGUCUAGGUUGACUAGCCUUCGCACCUGGAACGUUGUACUACGGAAUAACGUACCGCCCGUUCGAACAAAGAGCGUGUUUAGAUUUUGUAGAAAAUUGGGGAUUUUAACGACUAUGAUAACCAUAUAGUAAUUAUAUGGGUCAGUUUUAUUUUACCACUAUUUUGGCUUCGGUAAAACGUGUUUACGCAUAUUUUCCCACUCAUAAAACGGGUAAUUUAGACAAUUAUAAUGUAAUCACGGGUCUAUUUAUGAUUUUAUAACCUUUAGUGGGUGGUAAAUUAUAAGUAUCACUGUUAUUUUUGUAAUGAAGUUCAAAUUCAGUACAUGCUUAUUAAAGUUGAGCGAUUAGUUGCUCAACAGUUGCACUACAAUCCCACAGUCUGAACACGCUCCAAUUUAGUCAAAUUGUAUUUAUGGAAACACAAUGAAGGAAAAGUAAUUUUUGUAUAAAUAUAUAUAAAACGGUUAAAAAAAAGAAUAACAAUAACAUUAUAGCAAAACAUCGGCCAAGUUUCUUAAUAUAAUUAUGCGAAAAAUUUUUAAAGAUAAAGAAAAAUGUGAUAUAAAUGUUUUCAUUCAGGUGUAUAAUGGUUGUAAACAUAUAUCUAUACGUAAGUUCAUUUUAUAAUGGUACCCUUUCAUUUAAAAUGUUUUUAGUCCAGUUUUUUAAUGAACUGUUACUGCGAAAAAUUUCAAACCACCCUAGACUUAUAAUCGGCUUGCGCGACAACCUGUGCCCUAUAAGGAACGUAUAUUUCAUCCGUCUUAUGAUGACAAUAGCUUCGUCAAUCAUAUACAAAAUAUAAUUAUAAAUUACCGUUGAAUAUACUGACGAACAAUGUAUUAAUUUUUGUUGGCUGACAAAAGCAUCAUCUUUCAUCCAACAGUUAAAAUCAAAAAUAAGUUUUGAUGUACUAAAGUGCCUUUUGUUCUGAUAUUAUUUUACUUCAAAUUGACAGUCAAACUUAAUUCACAAAUCGAUUCAAAGACUGGACUGAAAACAGAUUAAAAUCAAAACAUAAACGAAACGUUGUGGUAGCCGAAGCUUUCUACAAUAUAUACUUACAUUAAAUUCUGUAGUUCUUUGUAAAAUUAACUUUAUUAACAUAGGCUAUAAUGAUCAUAUUCAGUUAACAUGACACAGACCAAACAUUAGCAUAAAGUCCAUAGUUCGUAGUCUAAUUCAAUGUAGAUAGUGUUCAAAUUUCAUAUUAUAUCAAUGCUAGAUAUUAAAGAGGAAGGUAGGGCCAUAUUUUUCACAUACUGUAUGUAAUUGGGUAAUUUCCUUAGUCAAAACGAAUUGUUUCAAUGAUUAUUUCAAAAAAGAUGACACUUUCAUUCAUUGACCUUGACAAUAUACUUAAUAAUAGAUUUUUCAGUUAACAUUUUAAAGUAUAACAUCAACUCGCAAAAAAAAUUUUGAAUUUUUGACGUUUUCUCAUCCAUACAUAGAAAAAGAAAAAUAACUAUUCAAUUUGACUACAUGGAAACUACCCAAUACUUAUUUUUUUUAUAAAAACAUAAAGGUUAAUUUUACAAAAACUACAGUACAAGCUUACAAAAUAGUGUUUAUACGAAAUAAUAUAAUAUGCAAUACUCAACGGUUUGCCGUGACAAGAAGAGUUUGAAUUCAAACCGACCGGUUGUUGACUAGAGAAGGAUUUUGGGUGAACUCAUGGAAAUUAAAUGUACCAAAAUAAUAUACAAGCCUUUAAAUCUAGCUUGUAGUGUAAAAUCACUUAUUAAAUGAUCUCUAAAUAUGUUAAUAUACCUUCAAUGCAUGUGUGGCUUCCCGAUUUCUUUAAGUUGUAGAAUGAUAAGUUGCGCGACCAAGUUGAUACCAGGUCAAAUAAUGUAACUGUAUACAUUUUGUUGAUCGUGCGACCGAAAUGAUAAACGAUUUCAAUCCGAAAUAUGAUUAAAAAUGAUUUUGGACAUUAGUUACAUUAUGUCUAUCAAAAAUCUAGAUCGAUUAACGCUCAUAACUAAAGGACGUUAAGAAAAAGACGGACGUAAUGUCACUUGGAAAUGAUUGAAGCACCAAAAUGUCAGCGGCGUAUUUAUGUGUGCGUGUACUUGCAACAC